AAAUAUCUCCCAAAUUUGGUCUCACUCUUACUAGAUUUUUCCAUUUUUAAAUCCUAAGAUUCUCGUAGAAUUUAUCAACCUGGGUCCUUUUAUUGGUGGGUUUAGUGUUAUCUGAUCUGGGUGGAUAGUGGGUACUUCUAUUUGAUUGAGGGCCACUGUGAAGAUGAGAGGAAAGGUGGGGUUGUUAGUUUGUUUUUCGGUUCUGUUGUGGGGAUCUUGUUUGGGGAGGUUUGUGGUGGAGAAGAACAGCUUGAAAGUGACUUCUCCAGAAUCAAUUAAGGGUGCUUAUGAAUGUGCUAUUGGAAAUUUUGGAGUUCCUCAAUAUGGAGGAACAUUGGUUGGUACUGUUUUUUAUCCCAAAUCCAAUCAGGAGGGGUGCAAGAGUUUUGAUGACUUCGACAUCUCCUUCAAAUCAAAGCCCGGAAUAUUCCCCACCUUUCUCCUUGUGGAUCGAGGAGAUUGUUUCUUCACCUUGAAGGCUUGGAAUGCACAGAGAGCCGGUGCUGCAGCUAUUCUUGUUGCUGACAACAGGGAUGAGCCAUUGAUUACCAUGGACACCCCUGAAGAAGAGAAUGCUGAUGCUGAUUACCUAGACAAAAUCACUAUUCCUUCAGCGCUUGUUAGCAAGUCACUGGGUGACAGUAUUAAGAAGGCCCUUUCUGGUGGGGAUAUGGUAAACGUGAAUCUUGAUUGGAGAGAGGCUCUUCCACAUCCUGAUGACAGGGUUGAGUAUGAGUUCUGGACUAAUACCAAUGAUGAGUGUGGUCCAAAGUGUGACAGCCAGAUAGAAUUUGUCAAGCACUUCAAAGGGGCAGCUCAGAUUCUUGAGCAGAAAGGAUACACUCAAUUCACCCCACACUACAUAACUUGGUACUGCCCAGAAGUAUUUAUUCUAAGCAAACAGUGCAAGUCCCAAUGCAUCAACCAUGGAAGGUACUGUGCACCUGAUCCUGAGCAGGAUUUCAAUAUAGGAUAUGAUGGGAAGGAUGUUGUGGUUCAAAAUCUUCGCCAGGCAUGCUUUUUCAAAGUUGCCAAUGAAAGUGGAAAGCCAUGGCUUUGGUGGGACUAUGUAACUGAUUUUUCCAUUCGCUGUCCUAUGAAAGAUAAGAAGUAUAACAAGGAUUGUGCAGAUAAGGUUAUCGGAUCUCUCGGUGUUGACCUCAAGAAGAUAGACCAGUGUAUUGGAGACACUGAUGCUGAUGUGGACAACCCAGUGCUUAAAGCAGAACAAGAUGCACAGAUUGGCAAAGGCUCCCGUGGAGAUGUCACUAUAUUGCCAACGCUUGUAAUAAAUAACAGACAGUAUAGAGGGAGGUUGGACAAAGGAGCAGUUCUAAAGGCUAUUUGUUCAGGUUUUCAAGAGACCACAGAGCCACCAAUUUGUUUAACCGAAGACAUAGAAACUAAUGAGUGUCUAGAAAACAGUGGUGGAUGUUGGCAGGAUGAGGUUGCUAACAUUACUGCAUGCAGGGAUACUUUCCGUGGAAGAGUUUGUGAAUGCCCUAUAGUAAACGGUGUAAAAUUUUCUGGUGAUGGUUAUACACAUUGUGAAGCUUCAGGAGGAUUGCAUUGUGAAAUUGAAAAUGGAGGAUGCUGGAAGAAAACCCAAGAAGGAAGAACCUACUCUGCUUGCAUUGGGCCGAAAGGUUUUCCAGCCCUCAAAAGGAGAAAUGGCACUUCCCCAAGAAACCAACACCACCACCACCAAACGGAGGAGGUCAUUUCCAAGCUUCCAUUUCCCCAGAAACCUACCUAACCAAGCAGGCCAUAAUGGAAACCAAUUCUAGCCAACAAAUUUCUCAUUUCUUUCCGUUUUUAUAAAACCUAGAAAUGAAGUUGAGUAAGAAGU